AUGAACAUUUUCUCAUUUAUUUUGAACCUGCGUCACUGUGAGGACCUGCAGUGUGAGGACCUGCAGUGUGAGGUCCUGCUGUGUGAGACCCUACACUGUGAGGUCCUGCAGUGUGAGGCCCUACACUGUGAGGACCUGCAGUGUGAGGACCUGCAGUGUGAGACCCUACACUGUGAGGUCCUGCAGUGUGAGGCCCUACACUGUGAGGUCCUGCAGUGUGAGGCCCUACACUGUGAGGUCCUGCAGUGUGAGGCCCUACACUGUGAGGACUGCAGUGUGAGGACCUGCAGUGUGAGGACCUGCAGUGUGAGGUUCUGCAGUGUGAGGACCUGCAGUGUGAGGACCUGCAGUGAGGGCAGAAGUCACGGCACUAAUAAUAAUUACACCAAUAAAAUCAGGAUGAUGCAAAAUUAG